CUGAUCGUGCUGGUGGUGGUGACCGUCGAAGCCUUCCGACAGUUCGAUCUGGUCUUCGCCAUGACCAGCGGCGGCCCCGGCACGACCACCCAGAUCCUGCCGCUGCUCAUCUUCCGCUACAAUUUCCAGUUCUCGCAGUACGGCUUGGCGUCCGCGGCGUCAUUCAUCCUGAUCAUCAUCGCGACCAUCCUCGCGGUCGCCUAUUUCGUGCUGAUGACGCGGCGCACCAAGCAGUCGCGCGUGGCAUCGUCGGCGACCCGGGCGGCGACGAAGCGGGCCGCCUGA